AUGGCCUCUGCAGAUGUGCUUUCAAACUCGUACAUUCUAUUGACGCCUACAGCGGCAUCAAACAGACAGCGAAGUGCGCUCGCAGAGCCUGCCAGCGAUUUGUUAGCCCGCAAGUGGGCAGCAGCGGCCAAGCGCAAAGCCUCAAUCGAGUGCAUGGCUCUACACGAGCUAGACGCUGAUAAUGGCUCGGACCGGACUUAUUCGCGAAGUACCGCUGAUCGUAGCUCAGAGACAGGCAAUGAUGAGACCACAAGCACUGAUGGUAAUGAUGCUGAUGGUCUAGAAGCGACUGAGGAAAAGAAGCAGAAUGAGGAGGAAGACCACAACAGGGAUAGUGAGAUCAUUCCGACAUAUGUAUGUAAAAUACAUGACCCGAAAGCCGUAUUAGUCGCGGAGCAGAUUGCGUGUCACCGUGUCGAUAUUGUACCAUGUGACACAAGCCAUGGUUAUACAGAGACGAUCUUGUUCCAAUACAAGAUCUCAGUUGGACGUGCAAACCAAAUGUUCAAGUGUCUGCCAUCAAAAGCACUAAAAGUGUUGAAGAAUCUGUUGAAAGACAAGAAAUGUGCAGAUCAGCUACAGUUCGUUGAGAUGCAUCGUCUUAAAGGUGGAUUGAUCGGAUCACUACGACGAUUUUGCAUGUCGCCUUCUCAACUCUCAACUGAAGUCCGUAACGUGCUCGAAGCCAUUUCAGAUAUCGAUGCGGUGCUUAACAACUCGAUAUAUCUCAACCUUGUUGGGGCCAAAAAGGGAUCUCUCCUAAGUCGGGAGAUCGACAACCUGUUGAAGUCGCACCACCAAGAUUCGGGGAUCCAAAGUUUGUGUAUGUGUGACACGUACUACAAGUCGGUUCAGCGUUACGGGGAGUUUUACCGAGAAUUGGCGGCAAUGUCGAAUGAUCAGUACCGCCAAUCCACAGUGGCUAGCGAGACGCUCAUGAGGUCACGAGGCGUGCUGUCAUUCUAUACAGACACCAUUUACACCUUAGACAAGCGAGAAUUUCGCGCAACGCGUGGAUUGAAGCAAUGCAAUGUCUACGGUUUUAGCCGCCGAAAGCUCUUUGAAAUUGUGCGUGUAUCUCGCAAACUUUGGUCAGUGCGUCAUGUCGAAUAUGGUGAGAUCUAUACAUUAUUACUUACGAAGUACGCGAGCAGUGUGCAUCAUAUGGUGGCCGUGAGACGCAUGGUGCCUGACAUCAAGAAUGGUGGCUUACGACAAGAAAAUGUGUGUUUUAUCAAGAAGUCGAGGAGUCAGGGAUACCGUUGCAUACUAAACUCGGAGGUAAUUUCGCAAGGAAAAGUUACGACAUCAAUUUCAAUGGAAAAACCAAAGUCGCCGCCCGGAGACCCCAAUUUUCACUAUAUGACCAUGAGCGAAGUCUCAGGGCCGUCACGUGCAUCGAUUUGCAGCAGUACACUUAGUGUUCCAAGUGAACAUCAUACGCAUCUCCAGCGACUGAUUGUAAGUGGCGGCAGCGAUGUUGUGACGUAUCUUACCUUGGCUGCGAGCUACGACAUUCUCGUUGGUGCGCUCAGCUUUUGGAUGGAGCGCAAGUAUUGA